GUGCUCUGAUACUCGUUUUCACGGUCACAGAUUGAAAAAAGAAAUCUGCUUACACAAAUGUUUCUGGAUGAACGUGAUUCAAAACCGCAGCUGACGACCCGGAACCAAAAAUGAACUGGGCAUCUUUUUAUGCUGUUGUUAGCGGCGUUAACAGACACUCUACCGGGAUCGGCCGCAUCUGGCUCUCUGUCUUGUUCAUAUUCCGCAUCCUGGUCCUGGUGGUUGCGGCUGAGACCGUGUGGGGGGACGAGAAGUCCGGCUUCACUUGCAACACCCAGCAGCCAGGCUGCAACAGUGUCUGCUAUGACCACUUCUUCCCCAUCUCCCACAUCCGCCUGUGGGCCCUCCAGCUCAUCCUGGUUUCCACCCCGGCCCUGCUGGUGGCCAUGCACGUGGCCCACCGCCGACACGUCGACAAAAGGCUCUACAAACUGUCGGGGCGAACCAAUCCCAAAGACCUGGAGCAGAUAAAGACCCAGAAGAUGAAAAUCACAGGGGCUCUGUGGUGGACUUAUGUCAUCAGCCUGUUGUUCCGUAUUGUCUUUGAGGUCAUUUUUAUGUUUCUGUUUUACAUGAUUUAUCCCGGUUACAAGAUGAUACGGCUGGUGAAGUGUGACUCGUACCCGUGCCCCAACACGGUGGACUGUUUUGUAUCGAGGCCCACAGAGAAAACGGUCUUCACCGUCUUCAUGCUGGCCGUGUCUGGGGUUUGUAUCCUGCUCAACAUUGCAGAAGUGGCGUUCCUAGUAGUGAAAGCCUGCGGUAAGCAUCUGCACAGUGCUGGAGACUCAACUAUCGGAGCUUGGAUACAACAUAAACUUCGUUCAUUCUAACCAAUGCGCACUUAGUUUAAAACUGGUGAGAAUUAAAGAAAUAGUUUAAUGAGAAACAUCUGGUUUCAGGCUCAAAGAGGGAAAUUUAGACAAUUUAUUGUGCCAGCAAUUCAAGAGCUCAAAGAUAUUCUGUCACAAAUAAUAAUAAUAAUAAUUAACUGUUGUAUUGCGAAGAUGUGCCUGCAUCAUGGUCGGUAUUAUUAUUAACAUUAUUUAAUGUUAUUUAUUAAAUUAUUUAUUGGAAUCUGUAUUAAUUUUAACAGGGAGAAUAUCUGACUAUGACUUGAACAUAACAUGUUAAAAAUUACACCUUUUUGAGGUGAAGAAAAAUAAUGACUUUAACCAUUGUUUGCACUAAAAUGACUUUCAAUGCUGUUCACAUUUCUGAAUAAAGGAAGCAGAAGAUAAUAAUGAGAAGAAAUACACUUGAAUAGCAAACUUUUUUCUUUGAUGUUUAUUGCUGAUUCUAAACCUAGAAUUCAAAUGUAAUGUUUUUUUUUCUUUUUGUUUUUGGUGUUAUCACUGGCCAUGCACAACAGAAUAAAUUCAAAGCGUGUACUUGUGUUGUUACACUGGCCGGAAGUUUUUUUUUUUUUUCUUUUACAUUUUUUUUCUUCUCACAACCUCAACAAAAUGUAUUUUGCUGAGAUUCUGUUGAAUAGACCUCGUUUUGCACAACUGAGAUAAAAUACAAUGUAAUGUCAAUAAUUCGAUUUCAAGAUUUGAUACAUCUUGUAACAAAUCGUAGCAUCUGUGAACAUCACUAAGUCUUUUUAACCAUUGACUCUAUAUUUGAUUGAGUUCUGGACUUUGACUGGGCCAUUAUAACAUCUAAAUGGCUUCAUCUGCACGUUAUGCUCACUGGAUGGUGAACCUUUGCCUGACUCUCAAGUCUUUAACGAGUUGUCUAAUAGGACCAUUCUAAAAAUGUCAAGAGUCCUAACUACAUUCAUAGAGCAAUUACAGUGGCUAUCAUCUGGAUUUUUUUAAGUUUAAAUAAGCAGUGUCAGUGUAUUUUCUCCCAAAAUAAAGUUGUAAUACCAAAUUUAACCAGA